AUGCUUAAAAAUAAGCACAAAAGAGGAAAUAGUAGCAAAGAUAACUAANCUAUCAAACUAGGGUUAAGUUUAUUUCUAGCUAAUAAGCUUAUAAAAUUGUUGAGCGGAGAUAGUAGUUGUUUGUAAUUAAGAGUAUCUAAUAAUUAAUUACUUUUCUGUUUUUCAAUUAAUGAUAUACAUGAAAUCUAGUCUGCAAGCUCGCUCGGAUAAUCUAAACAUAAUAGUUUUGUAAAGUAGAAAUCUUUAAGAGUCUUAAAUAAUAUACAAUUUAACAGUUAAUCAAGUCCAAGAAUUUCAAAGUUUAAGUAAUGUUCACAAAGAUAAAUUGAUCUUAAGAAUUAUAAUUCCUUACGAUUAAUUUAUUAAUCUGAAAUUCACAAUGAACCACAACCUUAAAUUCCUAAUAGGAUUGCAAUUCACCAAAAUAAUCCAAAAUUUCAUCAUCAAAAACAACGGAUGAAAACAAAGAAAAGAUCUUUGGAGUAUUAAUUUAAAUCAAGAGCAACCAGUUUUAGAACUCAUUAAAUUGAGUAAAUAAUUAAGCCAGAAUAUAUUUAGUAAUAAUAACAUUUAAUUUAAAAUGAGGAUUAUAUUUUGAUAGUGGACGAUGAGCCUUUCAAUCAUGAAACUUUGUGUUUGAUGUUAAAAAAUAUGGGAUUUAAGAAUUUUUUAAAAGCCUUUAAUGGUUAACAAUGUCUUGAUAUCGUACUCGAGAAUCAUAAUAAAAUAUAUAUGAUUAUGAUGGAUAUUGAUAUGCCAAUAAUGAAUGGAAUAGACACAACAAAAUAAUUAGAAAGUUUAAUAAGCAAUAAUAAAAUAUGCUACAUUCCAAUAAUUGGAUGCACUGCUCAUGAAGACUAUGAUUCUCAUUUAUAAUGUUUUGAUGCAGGAAUGAUACAUGUAGUUGUGAAACCUGUCUUUAUAAAAUCAAUAAAAGAGGCUAUUAAUAAAAUCUCUGAACUUAAAUCAAAUGAAACAAUUAAAGAAGACACAUCAUCCGAUGUUAUCAAUAGAAUAUAAUCUUAAUCUUUCAGCUCUCAAUGA